AUGGCCUCCUUCUUUGGCUUCUCGUCGAGCUCGUCCGCCGCCAAGCUCGCCCCGACCAAGCCGGAAGACCUCCCGGUGGAAGUGACCAUCACGCCAACUGCGGGUGCCUUCUACGCAGGGGAGACGUUCAGCGUCGGCAUUGCCUUCUCCUGCUCGCGGCGUCCUGGCGCCACGCAUGCCGCUUUCCAGCCCAAUAGCCCUCUGGUCGGAGGGAGCAGCUCGGCGGAUAAUUUCAAAACGCCAACUUCGGCCACUCGGACCCUGGACCCAUCUUCACAGUUAGUGGAGCCAAGCCAGCUGCCCACACGUAAACGGCAGAUAGGUCUCGCUAUAGAUACCCCGCCCGAAUCAUACAAUGCAAAAGCGGGUCCCUCACGCCUCACGACCCCUCGUGUCCACCCAAGCGGAGGGGGAUAUACCGACUCUCCAGCGGUAUACGCGGACUCGCCCUACUCCCCUGGCGCGAAUCCGGCUCGAGGAGGGUGGCUAAUAUCAGGCUCGCCUAUGAGGGAUGGACUCGGGAUGAGGAGUCCGGAAGGUGCGAGGCGGUAUUCUGGCAAGACGGGGCAGGAGAGGCGGACGCAGAGUUUGGCGAUGGGGAAAGGGAUGAGUCCGCAGGAGAUGGUGUGGGCCUUAGGGGGACAGCGUGAGUUGGUCUCUCCACCGCCAUUGCCUAGUCGCCGACCACCGGGGGAGACACGCAUACCUUCCUCUCAUCCACAUUCUCGCAAGAUAUCAGUCACGACUCAGCCUCGACCCAACUCCCCCUCUGCAGGAAUCAUUGACCUGUCAGAUGAUCACUUGGCUACCAUCCCCGAAUCUGCUUCUACCACGGAAAUGAACGGCCGCUCCCGUCCACAACUCUCCCGCAUUACAUCCGCCUCAUCCGCCUCCUCCUCGGCUACCGCCUCUUACGUCGACAUAGGGGACGAUACCCCUCGAUACCGGCCCUGCUCUGAUCGUCGCAUCCUCUCUCCUCCCCUCACGCACCGCUCACCGCCUCCUUCCCAUCCUUACAUUCGCUCCCUCGCCGAACCUCGCGAAACAACCAUCCUCUGGGCCCACACCCGCAUCGUAGCGCACUUUCACCCCUCAAACGCCUACAUCCCACCGGACCCUCUGCUCCCACUUCGCUCGCUCCUUCUACACCAACCCAUUGGCGCUGGGUCCGGUGCCCUCACCUCCUCCCAAUCCGCAGCUGGAGGAUCGAGAUGGCAAUUGUCCUUCGGAACGGGAACGAUCGGGCACGAGACCAAGCCGUCUCUGACGGGCUCGCUGGUCGGGCUGGCAAGCUCGCUGGUGUAUGGUGGAUCCGCAGGGACGUUGGAGGAAGAUCGUAAAAAAGCGUGGAACACGAAAGACCUGCCUGUCCUGGAGACUGCCCGGAGCCUUUUGGGCGUGGACAUACGGCUGAAAGAAGGGGAGAAGAGGGAGUAUACGUAUUCCUUUCCGAUACCGAGGGAUCUACCGCCCACGCAUCGCGGGAGGGCGUUUGCGUUUGGGUGGAGUCUGGUGUUGAGCAUGGCGGUGGGGAACGGAGGGAGUAGGGAGAUUGAGGUGCCGAUAAGAGUGUGGAAUCAUGUUGCUCUUGGGUCGGCGCCGCAGCCAUAUAAUGUGCUCAGCCCGAUCAUCCAGACUCGCGACGAGGGCACCGUGGUCGAGGUCAAGCCCCUCUCGGCGCCUUCUGCAUCACUCAGCUCGCCCCAGCCAGCAGCGAAAUCAGGCGAUACGAAAGCAUCGCUGGACGCCUAUGCCCAACAGCUGCUGAAUACAAGCCAUUCGACGCCCAAAGCAGCUCCACCCUCGCCAGGGCGGAAGCUCGCCUCGGCUCGUCCGGCUUCGCCAUCACGAUCUACGAGACCUGAGGAGGACGGGGCAAGCGUGCCGCUAGGAAACGGCGCCCUGGAUAUACCAGACUCGGGAACAUUAAGGGCUGGGCGCGGGAGAAAGGGAAGCUUCAUCCAAGGGGAUGAGGAGCUGGUGGAGGAAGGAGGCGACGGACAUGGGUGCGAUCAAGCAGUCGAGAUUCUCAGCCGGCACUCCACUAAAGCAUCCUACGAUAUUGCCAAAGACGGGGACCUCGUCUCGGUCUUUACACUCCUUAAAACCACCCACCGCCUCGGCGAAACCAUUCUCGGCGUAAUCACAAUCAACCCGCCCCCUCAUCCUUCUCCGACGCGCCGCGUCCUUCGCUUCUCAGCGUACCUCGAGUCCAACGACCUCAUCCCCACAUCCCUCCUGCCCCCUUCGGCGCGCGGCGGCGUCUCGGCCCAGCCCGCGCUGGUACGGACCCAUGCGGACUUUAACGCGGGAUACGUGAAUCACACGGGACGGCUGGCGUUCAAUCUGGAUAUUCCGUCAGACGGGACGCCGGGAUUUGCGUUUGGCGCGGCGGCGGAAGAGGGGGAUGGAGGGGUGGAGUGGAGGAUACGUCUGGCGUUCCUCGUGACUAGCCCGAGUCGCCAUGGGGAGAGGGGAGGGGAAGCGCGGUCAGUGCUCGUCAGUGCGAAUGAGGGGGACAAUCGGUUUUACGAGGCGACGAAUUCGUUGGCGCCGAUAGAAGUGGAUGUGGGAGGGGCAGGGAGGGAGGUGAUGGAAGAACAGAUGGGAACGGAGACGGUGGAGUGUGAGAUACCGAUCAAGGUACUGCCGGGGAAUACAGCGUUGAAGGUGCGGCCGUUAGUGUAUAUCAUCUAG